AUGAAGUACAUACUGGAACCACUUGAACAUCAGUCUACUUUACCAAAAGUUUCCCUGUUAAUUCUCUUUGUUUCCCACGAACUUUUAAAAUUUUGGCAUAAUUUUAGACUGGUAGAUAAAUUGCAAACUUCUACAGAUAACUCACAGAGUGUUCACUCAGAUCAGAUGUCCUAUAUCAUUCCAAUAGAUGAGACACUGUAUACUGUUCACCUUAAGCAGAGAUAUUUUUUAGUGGAUACUUUUAUGGUUUAUUUGUAUAAUCAAGGAUCUGAGAGUUCUCAUUCUUCGCAUAUUCAGCCUCAGUGCUACUAUCAAGGGUAUGUUGAAGGAUAUCCAAAUUCGAUUGUCACGCUCAGCACAUGCUCUGGACUCAGAGGAAUACUGCAAUUUGAAAAUGUUUCCUAUGGAAUUGAGCCUCUGGAAUCUACUGUUCAAUUUCAGCAUAUUCUUUACAAAUUAGGGAAUGAAAACAAGGAAUUAUCAAGUUUUAACAAUGAUACCAUGAGCUUAGGAAAAUACUCAAAUGACUACAACAUUUAUGUAGGUGAAAAACCAGAACCGCCUGUUCCAGGUAUAUUUCCUCUUUACCUAGAAAUGUACAUUGUGGUGGACAAAGCUUUGUAUGAAUACCUUGGCUCUGAUAGCAUGAUAGUAACAAGUAAAUUCAUUGAGAUUAUUGGCCUUGUAAAUUCAAUGUUCACCCAAUUUAAAGUUACUAUUAUGCUGUCAUCAUUGGAGUUGUGGUCAGAUGAAAAUAAGAUUUCUACAGUUGGUGAGGCAGAUGAAUUAUUGCAAAUAUUUUUAAAGUGGAAACAGUCUUAUCUUAACUUAAGGCCUCAUGAUACUGCAUAUCUAUUCAUUUAUAGGGAUUAUCCAGAUUAUGUGGGUGCAGUGUUUUCUGGAAAGAUAUGUGCUCCUCGUUAUUCUGCAGGAGUGGCAGUGUAUCCCAAGGAGAUGACUUUGGAGGUGUUUUCAGUUGUUGUCACCCAGAUGCUGGCACUCAGUCUGGGGAUAUCAUAUGAUGAUCCAAAGAAAUGUCACUGCCCAGAAGCCAUCUGUAUAAUGAAUCCACAAGCCAUGACAUCCAGUGGUGCAAAGACUUUUAGCAAUUGCAGUUUGAGUGACUUUGAAAGUUUCAUUUCAAAUCAGGAUGCCAGCUGUCUUCAGAAUAAACCACAAAUGCAAAGACAGGAGGGAGCAGUGUGUGGAAAUGGCAUAGUAGAGACUGGUGAAGACUGUGAUUGUGGUACAGAGGAACAAUGUGGGCCUGAAAAUUGUUGUGAUCAUCAAACUUGUAGGCUGAAGGCAGGACUAGAUUGCUUUGAAGGACCCUGUUGCCAAAAUUGCCGUGUGCUUCCUCCUGGUCUCCCAUGCAGGAGACUUAAAUAUCCUGAUUGUGAUUUCACUGAUCAUUGUACUGGAAGAUCGGCAGAUUGUCCUGAUGACAAGGUCAUACACGACGGUGAACUAUGCAAAGACGGCACAUCUAUAUGUUUUAAUGGAUACUGCCCAGAUAUUAAUGAACGUUGUCGUUCCUUGUUUGGCCCAAAUUCACAAAAUGCUCCAUUUGAAUGCUAUGAAGAAAUACAAUCUCAAAUGGAUAGAUAUGGGAACUGCGGUAAACAUGAAGGCAAAUAUAGGACCUGUGCACGGAGAGAUCUCGCAUGUGGACGAUUAGUUUGUACCUUUCCAACUACAAUUCCUUACAACAGAAGAGGCCCCGGUAUAACUUAUGCUCUUGUAAAAAAUAAACUAUGUGUGACUUUAGACUACAAAUUUAACGAGUCAGAAGCAGAUCCAAUGGAUAUCCAAAACGGCUCUGCCUGUGAAACAGAGAAGAUUUGUGUAAAUAAAAGGUGUGUGGAAGUAAAAGGACUUAAAGCUAUGGCAAAAAAUUGUAGUGAUACAUUGUGCCAUGGAAAUGGAAGGUGCACAAGCUUGGGGACAUGCCAUUGUAAAUCAGGCUUCUCUGGAAAAAAUUGCAAUCAGAGUUCACGAGGAUCAUUGCCUUGGAAAAUUGAUUUAAAGAAAGGCAAACCUUCUAGGAAGGCUGAAAAACAUUGGUUUCUAGGUUUGUAUAUUGGUCUGCCUAUUCUCUUCAUAGCCACUGCAAUAAUCACAGCAUGGGAUAGGUUGAAAAAACGUUCUGUCAAGGAAGAGGAAUCAAUAACUUGCGUGGAGGUGGUGGAAAUUACUCUGAAAUGUAGUGAUCCUCAUUCCUUGGUGGAGGGUGCUGUGAAGUGGCCCCCACAAUUGAUGGAUGUAUGCAUGGCAGUGAAUACCCAGAGUUGUGUCCUGGAUGGAGCCAAGGAGCUCUGGUUUCCAGUACUAACUAAGCAGCCAAGUAAUGUCAACACUUCCUAUCAAGAUUAUGAAUGGAUGAAUGGAUGGUGGAUGGGGCACUCUCAUCUCAUUUCCGAGUCCCUAGGUUCAGGUGUUGGCUUUGUAGCUCAGGAGAACGCCUUGGUUCUCUGGGCCAUCACACUGGAGGGGCAGGUGUGUGGGGGCCGAGCCCGGGGCUGGGGCGGCGCGCAGCCGGCAGCCUCCGGGCGCCGCGGGAAUCCCGCUCCAGGGUCUCGCGAGAACACCGCCCGCAGAUGGAUAACGGCGCUCGACGGCUUCCCGCCCAACGGCCGCGCCGUCAGUUCCCGCUCGGCGCCCAGUACCAACGCCAUGUUGCGCCUGCUGCUGCUGCUGGCCUGGCUCCGUGGCUGCCCAGCGCCGAGGCCCGGUAAGCCCGGGGCCCCGCCGUCCCUCGGGGCGGGGCGGCCUCUCUCCUGCGCUCCCGGAGCGGGCUCGGCUGCCUGCGACGGCCGCGGCCUGGCGCCUCGCUCCCUGUUUGCCCGGUGCCCCUUGGAGGGCGCCGCGUCGGGAUGCAGAGCCACCCGUGAGGGGGACGUUACUUUCACAAGCCCGGGGACAGACCUGUGCGCUGAGAAUCUGCGUUCUGUCAGCCCUUGCGGAUGCGGCCUGCGCGUCACAAAACGCACCCUGUGCCGGGAAAACAGCUCAGGAACUCCGGGACCCCGGGACCCGACGACCCCGACCGUGUCCAGCUGUCGCUUGUCCCAGAGUCACUGUCCCGCGUGGGCCCGGGUGUCCUGGGUGCUGCGGCCGUUCAUGUGUCGGAGCAGGAAGGCUGAGAGCAACACUUCAGUCUGCUUUGGUUCUACAUAUGAUUUUGUGGUGAGUGUUCGCCUCGGCAGCACAUAUACUAAAACUGGAAUGAUUUGGUGGUGA